AUGGCUCCUCGAAGUUCAAUCUCCAAGAGCGACAUUGAGGUUGGCGACCAUAAGCCAGAUCAUCUCGAAAACACCUCCGAAGCCAUCGAGAUUGCCGGUUUUCGUGUCUUUGGCUUGAGACCUGAAGAUGCCGAGUUCUACAACAGUUAUACAGAAGAGCAGAAGAAGAAGGUCUUCCGCAAGGUUGAUGUUCGACUCGUGCCAAUGCUUUCAAUUCUCUAUCUUAUUUGUCACGUCGACCGGGCCAAUAUCGGCAAUGCGAAGAUUGAGGGAAUGGUAGAGGAUCUGGGAAUGACAGGUGUUCAGUACAACACCAUUCUGUCAAUCUUUUUCGUACCUUAUGUUCUUCUUGAAGUUCCUAGCAACAUUCUUCUGAAGAAGUUCAAGCGCCCGUCGGUUUAUCUUGGUAUGCUAUGCGUCUGCUGGGGUAUCGUCAUGACUUGCACUGGACUUGUUCAAAACUUCGGUGGUCUCAUGGCGACUCGUGUUCUUCUUGGCAUUUUUGAUUACUGGUACCUUCCCAAGGACUUGUCUACUAGAAUAUCUUAUUUCUAUUGCGCGAGUGCUUUAUCUGGUGCCUUCUCUGGUCUCCUCGCAGCUGGUAUCGCCGAGAUGGACGGUGUUGGCGGUAUGGAGGGCUGGAGAUGGAUUUUCCUCCUGGAAGGCAUGGCUACAGUCGUUUUGGGUGUUGCCUGCUUCUUCUUCCUUAUUGACACUCCCGCUCUGUCUUCAAAAUGGUUAAAUCCUGAAGAAAUUCGAUUCCUCGAGCUCUCGAUGUUCAUCAAGCAAGGCGGCGGUUACUCUGGCGAAGACGAGAGAAAGGUGUCUUGGAAAGACUUGAAGAUGGUGCUCACAAACUGGAGAGUCUAUGUUCAGGCUUACUUCCUUCUGUGCCAAUCUGCUCUCUCUUACGGUACCAAGUUCACUCUACCAACCAUCACAAAGGCGAUGGGAUUCAGCAACACGAACGCUCAGCUCACCUCGGCUCCUCCUUACGUCGCUGCUGCCAUUUCUGCCAUUUGUUUUGCCAAGAUCUCGGACCGAUUCUUCUGGCGCAUGCCCUUCGUCGCCAUCCCCAUGAUCAUCGUUACAGUCGCCUACUCAAUCAUGAUUUCUCUGAACGGCGAGCUCGAAGCUAAGAAGGGAGUUGCAUACUUCGCCGUCGUUCUUGCCGUUGUGGGUAUAUAUCCUAUCCAAGCCGCCGCUGCGUCAUGGAACGCCAACAACAUCGCUCCCUCAUCAAGACGAGCAAUUGGUAUCGCUAUGAUGAACUGCGUCGGCAACGUCGGUGGUAUCGUCGGUAGUUUCAUGUACCUGGAGAAGGAGAAGCCUAAGUACUACACUGGAUUUGGUUUGUCGCUUGCUUUCGGAGGUACUGGUCUGAUCGUUGCCCUUCUCCUGGAGUGGAGCUACAAGAUUGCCAACGCUCGCAAGGCCAAGAUUGCCGAGGAAGCUAAGCGGAAGUACACUGAGGAGGAGCUGUUUGACAUGGGAGACAGGUCGCCAUUGUUCAAGCAUGUGCUCUAG